UUCAGCCGGCAACAAAAUCGAAUAAAAGCUACACCAACAUCGAAACAGGGGCGAUUCGGGCGCCAAUGUAACCAAAGGAGAUUCGUUCUGUUUUAACACAGUUUCCAACAUCCAUCAUCAAUUCUAUAAUUCUAUAAAUACCGGCCGGUUUCGGUCAAUGAUGAUCGGCAGUUAGUAGACGGGAAAUAAGAUCAAAAAAUACGGACCGACUUGCCCAAUACCGGGCCUACCCUACAGACGGCAAAUAGUAUGGAAUUUCCUUAUCAGACAACCGGUUUGGUUCGACAUUCUCAAAGUGGACCAAAUUUCAAUUAUAUCAGUAAUCAAUAACAACAACAUUCGAGUAAAAGCAUUUUUGAUGAUACAAAAGUACUCCAGAGAGGUUUUAUUGAAGGAGACUAGAGAUGAAUUGUGGGAUGAAAAGGAAAUGGGAUGGUCUUGAUAUGGACUUUGCGCCGCAGGUAGUCCAGCAGCCGUUUGACAUAAAUGAACUGAAUGAUCCAAAACGUGUCCGUCUUUCUAUUCAGCUCGGAUCCGCCGGCCCGUCCGCGUCCGACUGCGGCUCGUUCGUCGGCUCUGAGACGCCGACUGAGGCCUGGAGCUGGCAGGGGAGGACUACGGUAGACACGGACCCGGAUGACAUGGACAUGGAAGACAGGGAUCAGGGUCAGGACGACAUCCCGACAACCGCCGAGGUCAUCAACAGUCUGCGUAAAGUCAUCCUGUGGAUGUCGGCACAGGACGAUCACAAUAACGAUUACAUCCAGUAUCUUACGGAUGUCGAGCAUUAUGCACUGAGCAAACAGCCAAAUAUCCAGCAGCGCAAAAUUACCCAAUAUUUCAUCCGUCGUGAUUAAUGCUAACCCUAUUUUUAAUAUUGCUGAAAAAAAAAA